AUGCAUUUAACGAUUUUCCCCGAGAGAAUGCUUGUCAGAGAAUUCAACAGUGCCACUGCGUAUUAUCGGAAUUUGAUUAUUACACUUGGUGGGUCACAUGACUCUGAAUCUUUACGUGAUGAAAUCAGGAAAGUGCGGCGGAAAGCUCACGAUCUUGCCAAACACAAUAAAUACAGACUUAUGCCACAUCUCAGGAAUGACUUUUCAGUUAAGACUGACAGAAAAGACUACGAGAGACUUUGGAACGCUUUUACCUCUUGUCUUGAAGUUUUUGAAAAUCAAAUGAGGAAAUCUUUAGAACUAGAAAGAACAUUCCCGAUACAUGCCGGACCUCAUGUAUUUAUAAAUACUGGUAUAGUGGAACCAAUGCCUUUAGAGCUUAGUCCGCUGAGUGUUGAACAUUUAGAUGUGCCAAGUAUCGAUAAAAGAGUGCUAGAAAGAGAGGAAUUAAAAUUACUUGAAAGAGAUUUAAAUGACUUGAGAGAAAUGUUAUUAGAAAUGCAUCGAAGUAUAGACAUCAAGCCAUGGACAAUUGAAGCGGUUCAUGAUAGUAAAGUAGACAUAAAUAAAUCUCAGUCUUCAAUGAGUGAAGUGGAAUCAUCAGCUGACGUAUCACAUGUUACUUUUACUGCCUAUCAUAAUGACACUGAUAAGACACAUCAUAAAAAGACCAGCGAGAAAAUAGUUGUGUUUCGGGGACCUGGAUGUUGUAAAUACGGCAAAACAGAGUGGAGAAACCAAGUAUUGGAAAUACCUCCUGUGCUACUGAGUGGACUGAGGGGAGCCCAUUUUAUUGACAUCAAGUACUUGGUUGAGUUUAAGGCUGUUGUGCCACUCGCACCGUUUGACCUGCAAGUGAAAUUACCAAUUACAAUCGGUUCAGUACCUUUGCAACAAAUUCACGCACAACUUGAUCAAAGAGCAGCAUCACUUGGUCCAGGGUGUGCAACACCUGAGCUUUCAGCUCAACAAGAUGAUGUACCAGUUCCUAACAUACCGCCGCCAACUUAUGAACAAGUGUGUGGUGGUGGUCAGGUAAAUGAUGCCGAAGACAACAAGUUAUAAUGACUUCAUGUAUGGAGAGUUUGACUUUGUCCCAUGAUAUACUUUUUACAACUUGGAUGUACAAGAAUAAACAACUCGAAAAGAAAUGCUUUUUUCUAUUUGUAUAAAACACUAUAUAUUAGUUAGAAAAUUUCACAACUUCAGCUAGAAAAGGAACAGUAAUAUAAUUUCUAGUCUGAAUAAUUU